UUUGUUUUUUUUCUUCUUCUGAAAAAACUGUAUGGCCCCAAUUUCGCUCCGUAGAAACACUUUUCAGACUCGUCUGAGACGAUGCGAGUUUGUCUGAAUUAAUUCAGACCGCAGCGGGUUUAAAUGUGCAGGAUUUAAACUUUAACUGGUUCCAUCAAGCUGCUCCACCAGAUGCCAUUAUGUUAACGAAGCUUUGAGAAAUUCAUGCAGGCUUUGCGCCAAAUUCUAACUGUUCGUCUGACGUCUGCAAAAAUCACAGCAAAUGUUUUUCAUGCUCUGCUGCACGGCAUGCGAAGAACAGACGCGUUUCAGUGGACCUUUGCUCCAGUUGGUCCCGUUAAAAACCCAACUGGGCCAAACUGGGCCCGCAGUUUGAAUGGUCGGUGCGCAGAGAGAGGCCCGGCAUACAGAUCAGCUGCUUGGAGGCAAAACUCAUGGCCACUUUUGACGACAUCUUGGAGGAAGCGGGGAAGUUCGGGCGCUGCCAGAAGCGGAUCUUCGCCCUGCUGUGCAUGGUGUCCAUGCCGUGGGCCGGCGUGUACGUGGGCAUCGUGUUCCAGGGCUUCACCCCGGAUCACUGGUGCCGGGACUCAGCGGCGGUGCAGCGGAGGGAGGCCUGCGGAUGGAGCCGGGAGGAGAGUCGCAGCCUGACGGCGCCGCUGCUCAACAUCUCCGGGGUUCUGCAGCGCAGCAGCUGUUUGCGCUACGAAGUGGACUGGAAUGUGACGGAAAGCAGCUGCGAUCCACGGGAGACGGAGCGGGGCGCAACCCCCACGGCCGGCUGCACCGAGGGCUGGGAGUACGACUAUGACGGGAGGCAGUCAUUCGUCACCGAGUUUGACCUGGUGUGUUCAGACGGGUGGCUGGUGGAUCUGUACCAGGCCACGCUGAACGUUGGCUUCCUGAUCGGCAGCAUCGCCAUCGGUUACCUGGCCGACCGGUUUGGGAGGAAAGUGAGCUUCCUGAUGUCCAACGUGCUGAACGGGAUCGCCGGCAUGCUGGUGGCCGUGGCUCCCAACUACAUUUCCUUACUGGUUUUCAGGACUCUGUAYGGAUUCGGAGUGAAAGGAGGAUGGGUGGCGGGAUACGUACUCAUCACAGAGAUCGUUGGUGUGGAGUUCAGACGGACAGUAGGAGUUUUUUACCAGAUGUUCUUCAGCGUUGGCAUCCUCAUCCUCCCUUUGCUCGCCUACUUCAUCACGGACUGGCGCUGGCUGCAGGUCGUCAUCACCGUCCCUUACAUCCUCUUCCUGUCCUACUACUGGUUCAUCCCUGAAUCUCCAAGAUGGCUGCUGUCUCAGAACAGGAAGUCCAAAGCUGUGAAGAUCACCAAAGACAUGGCGAAGGAAAACRGGAAGACUCUGUCCAAGAUGAUCGAGACGCUGUCGGAUGAUAACGCUGAUUCCUCCACCGCCUCCUUCAUGGACCUGAUCAGAACUCCAAAAAUGAGGAAACACACGCUUAUUCUCAGCUUCAACUGGUUCACCAGUGCAGUCGUCUACCAGGGUUUGAUAAUGCGGCUGGGAAUUCUGGGAGGAAACGUCUACAUCGACUUCCUAAUCUCCGGCCUGGUGGAGUUUCCUGCCGCUUUCCUCAUCCUCUUCACCAUCGAGCGAAUCGGCCGACGCCUCCCAUUCGCCACCGCCAACAUCGUGGCCGGCGCCUCCUGCUUCAUCACAGCCUUCAUUCCUGACAGUAUGUUCUGGUUUAAGACUGUGGUGGCCUGCGUUGGUCGGCUGGGGAUCACCAUGACCUUUGAGAUGGUCGUUUUCGUAAACACUGAACUUUACCCAACAUUUGUCCGGAACUUUGGCGUGUCGGUUUGUUCCACUCUGUGUGACGUUGGGGGAAUUGUCGCUCCUUUCCUGCUCUACAGGCUGGCCGUCGUCUGGCUGGAGCUCCCACUCAUCAUUUUUGGAUGCUUGGCCUUUGUGGCUGGUGGUUUAGUUCUCCUGCUUCCAGAAACCAGAGGUGUGCCGCUGCCUGACACCAUCGACGAUAUCGAGUUUCCUGAGAGGGUGAAGACGAAGCUGCAGAGCCAGCAGCUGGCCAACCUGCUGCCCAACAGCAACGUGUUGUCCUGCAAAGAACCAGCAGCUGUCUGAUUUAUUUAUUUCUCUUCCUCAACUCUGUUUUUAUAUGUUUGGAUUUAUUAAAACCUUAUAUUGUUGCUGUGCUGUUCACAUAUUCACAGAAGCUAGAGCUAAGAUGAAUCUGCUUUUAUGUUUUCUGCUGUUUGGCUACAGUAUUAAAUUAUUAAAGAGUUUUAUUCUAAAUAAACUGGAGUGUUGAGCGGUUU